UCCCUCUCUCUCUCUUCUUUUUCUUCUUCAUCUUUUUUUAUUCAGAAUUUCUGAUCUGUUUUCAAUAUUCAAUCGUGUAAAGGUAUUCUCUUUCUCUAUAUCACAUUGUCAGCUUGGUUUUUCAAUUCAAGCUCAAUUGUAUUAGUUGUGAUAUUGAAUUAAAAACUGAUAAAUUAAACCAAUUUUGACUCAUUCUCUCUCUGAAUUGUUCAUCUUUUUAGAAUUGAAUCCAAUAAGAACCUCCAUUGAGUAUAGAGAAACAAACCCUAUUGAUAUUUCUCUCUCUUGAUUGUGAUGUAUCUGCAUUAUAUCAUUUGAUUCAAUUUCAUUUUGUAUAUGUGUAGAUAUAGAAAACCCUAAUUGAUUAUACUGUGAAAAAAGACUCAAUCAAAUGGAUAACAACAAUUACAAUCCUUCAAAUCCAUACCCAUAUGGUCCUCCCUAUGGAUACCCUGUUGUUCCACCUCCAUACCCACAUCCCAAUUCUGGUCCAUACCCUCCUCCUGGUUAUCCUCCUCCUUAUUACAAUGCCCCUAUUCCCUAUCCCUACCCUCCACCACCAGGUUACCCUCCUCCUCAAAAUCCCCAUUCCGGCCCCAUUGAUUACAGCUAUCCUCCCCCAUCACAAUCCGGGGGGCCCGUUACCUAUCCACAAUACCAAACAUACCCAAAUCAGCCAACCCUUCAACACCAGGGUAGUUUCCAAUAUUCUUCAUCCCAUCAACCUCAACCUCAACCUCAUCAUCAUCAUCAUCCCUCGGCGCCCAUAACCUUUUCAGCCUCGGAUUCCUACCCUGAUGGUCCAUCCCGUGCCAAUAACUUACCUGGCCACCACCGCCACGAUAGCACACCAUCCAUGGGUAUUGACAUCCACAGCCAAGAUAGUACGGCGAAUCAUGAUAAUGCCAAGGAUAAUAAUACCCCCACUUACCCUCCUGUUUACCCACCCAUUGAUGAUCUUUUACAUAAUGUCCAUAUAUCCAAUAAUAAUGCCACAUCUGCCCCCGAAUCACCUCCAACGCCUGCAGAAUCAUUAGUUCCAAGUUCUCGUCCGACAUUCCAAUACUAUAGUUCAAGUGCAAAGUAUGAUUCCCUUACCCAUACCCAAGGGAGCAUAUAUGGGUAUCCCAAUACGUCAUUUUCGGGAAAGUGGGAUACAUCUCAUUCUGGUCCCAUUGAUUCCUCUGCUCAUCCUACUCUAACCUAUUCAACCUCAUUUGUUGAAUCCCCACACAGUCAGAGUUUUCAGGUUGUGCCUUUUGCAACCUCUAAAGGGUCUUUGAAAGUGUUGCCCUUACAUGGGAACUUAGACAUUUGGGUCUACGAGGCCAAAAACCUUCCAAAUAUGGACAUGUUUCAUAAAACUUUAGGAGACAUGUUUAACAAGUUACCGGGGAAUAUGAGCAGCAAGAUUGAAGGGACCAUGAAUCGUAAGAUCACUAGUGAUCCGUAUGUCUCCAUUUCAGUGACAAGUGCAGUGAUUGGGAGGACUUAUGUGAUUAGUAAUAGUGAAAAUCCUGUUUGGAUGCAACGUUUUUACGUUCCUGUGGCACAUUAUGCUUCUGAAAUUCACUUUCUUGUCAAGGACAGUGAUGUUGUAGGAUCCCAGCUCAUAGGGGUUGUUACAAUUCCAGUAGAACAUAUAUACUCGGAGGAACAAGUUCAGGGUGUCUAUCCAAUACUGAGUAGUAAUGGGAAGCCUUGCAAGCCUGGAGCCGUUUUGAGUCUCUCAAUUCAGUACACGCCAAUCGAGAGAUUGAGCAUAUAUCAUCAUGGAGUCGGAGCUGGUCCUGAUUAUUUUGGGGUUCCCGGCACUUACUUUCCCCUUAGGAGGGGUGGAACAGUUACGCUUUAUCAAGAUGCUCAUGUACCUGAUGAGUUCCUUCCUAAUUUGAAGCUUGAUAAUGGGAUGCAUUAUGUUCAAGGGAAGUGUUGGCGUGACAUUUUUGAUGCAAUACGCCAGGCACGCCGUUUGAUUUAUAUUACUGGUUGGUCUGUGUGGCACAAAGUUAGGCUGGUUCGUGAUAUUGAAAAUGCAUCAAAUUGCACUCUGGGGGAUCUUUUAAAGUCAAAGUCACAGGAAGGAGUGAGAGUGUUGCUGCUCGUCUGGGAUGACCCUACUUCAAGAAGCAUCCUGGGUUACAAAACGGAUGGAAUCAUGCAAACCCAUGAUGAGGAAACUCGCCGAUUUUUCAAGCAUUCUUCAGUGCAAGUGCAACUUUGUCCCCGUGUGGCUGGAAAGAAGCACAGCUGGAUCAAACAGAGGGAAGUUGGAACAAUCUAUACACACCAUCAGAAAACUGUUAUUGUGGAUGCUGAUGCUGGUGAAAAUAAAAGAAGAAUUAUAGCUUUUCUUGGAGGGCUUGAUUUGUGUAAUGGCCGAUAUGAUACUCCACAGCAUCCUAUAUUUAGGACACUACAAACUGUUCAUGUUGAUGACUAUCACAACCCUACCUACACGGGGACCGUUGCUGGUUGUCCAAGAGAACCAUGGCAUGACUUGCACUGUAAAAUUGAUGGUCCAGCAGCAUAUGAUGUUCUGACCAACUUCGAAGAACGCUGGUUUAAGGCUUCUAAACCUCAAGGCAUUAAAAAAUUGAAGAUAUCUUAUGACGAUGCUUUACUCAGAAUAGAAAGGAUGCCUGACAUAAUUGGGGUGUCUGAUGCUCCUUGCCUCAGUGAGAAUGAUCCUGAGGCUUGGCAUGUCCAGAUUUUCCGUUCCAUUGAUUCAAAUUCUGUUAGAGGUUUUCCUAAGGAUCCAAAAGAAGCUAUUAACAAGAACCUGAUGUGUGGGAAGAAUGUACUUAUUGAUAUGAGCAUACAUACAGCAUAUGUAAAGGCUAUUCGCGCUGCUCAACAUUUCAUUUAUAUUGAAAAUCAGUAUUUCAUUGGGUCUUCUUACAACUGGAACUCCUACAAAGACUUAGGUGCGAAUAAUUUGAUUCCCAUGGAAAUUGCCCUUAAAAUUGCCGAUAAAAUCAGAGCACAUGAGAGGUUUGCAGCUUACAUUGUUAUUCCAAUGUGGCCAGAAGGCAAUCCAACAGGUGCUGCUACCCAAAGGAUUUUAUUUUGGCAGCACAAAACAAUGCAAAUGAUGUACGAGACCAUUUACAAGGCUUUAGUGGAGGUUGGCCUUGAGGAUGCAUUCACACCCCAAGACUUUUUGAACUUCUUCUGUCUUGGCAACCGUGAAGUUGCAGGCAAUGAAAAUCUAAAUCCUGAAAACAAUGCAGCUGCAAACACUCCUCAGGCACUGAGCCGGAAAUUUCGAAGGUUCAUGAUUUAUGUUCAUUCAAAAGGCAUGAUAGUAGACGAUGAAUAUGUGAUAUUGGGGUCUGCAAACAUCAAUCAGCGUUCAAUGGAGGGCACGAGAGACACUGAGAUUGCGAUGGGAGCCUACCAACCUCAUCAUACAUGGGCAAGAAAACUGUCUAAUCCACAUGGACAGAUUUAUGGGUAUAGAAUGUCAUUGUGGGCAGAGCAUCUCGCUAUGAUCGAGGACUGCUUUGCACGACCAGAGAGUAUUGAAUGUGUGAGAAAGGUUAGAUCAAUGGGUGAGAUGAAUUGGAUACAAUUUGCGGACGAUGAAGUGACAGAGAUGAAGGGACACCUCAUAAAGUACCCAGUUGAAGUUGAUCGAAAGGGUAAGGUGAAGCCCCUUCCGGGAUGUGAAAAUUUCCCCGACGUUGGCGGGCGCAUUGUUGGAUCCUUUCUCGCAAUUCAGGAGAACCUAACCAUAUAAUCAAUCGGUCUAGACAUCGAUAAUCAGGAGCGGGAAGUGUAGUUUUGAGUUUCAUUUUUAAUUUUUUGGGCAAAUUACAUAUACCUCCCUUGAGGUUUAGCUAAAUUACAGAUACUCUCUGAGAUUUUGAAAAUUACAGAUACUCACCUGAGGUUUAUAUUUUCAUAACAAAUU